AGGUCAGUCAAAGCUUCAUAAAGGAGAAAUCGUGUUAAAUUCUGAGCUGGAUAGUGAUGAAGUUAUUCUGCAGAAAUUUGCCUUUUCAAAUGCCCUUUGUCUUUCUGUAAAGCUGGCUAUUUGGGAAUCAUUAUUGGAUAACUUUGUGGAAUCCAUCCAGUCAAUUCCUGAGAUACUGAAGUCACGAAGGAAGGUAAAACUGUCUCAUGCAGAUGUAAUGCAGAAAAUUGGAGAACUGUUCGCAUUAAGACACCGUAUAAAUCUGAGUUCAGACCUGCUAAUAACACCUGACUUCUACUGGGACAGAGAAAAACUGGAAGAACUUUACGACAAGACUUGCCAGUUUCUCAACAUUAAUCGCAGAGUUAAGGUGAUGAAUGAAAAGCUUCAGCAUUGCAUGGAGCUGACGGACCUAAUGCGAAAUCACCUGAAUGAGAAGCACGCGCUGCGCCUCGAGUGGAUGAUAGUAAUACUCAUCACCAUAGAGGUUCUGUUUGAACUUGCAAGAGUAGUUUUCUGACGACAGAGGAAACUCAGGAAGAAGAAAACUGACAAAACCAUAAAGACCUCAUGGCCCAGAAAAUUCCUCUCUAUCACAUGCUUCUGGAAAAUAGUGGAAUCGUGUCUCUUGAUAAAUAUGUAUGUCUUCUACUCAAAAAAA